AUGGAGGAAAGCGGGGCCACCGUCGAGGCCACCGAAGUCGACAACGAGACCCUGAACCAGUUAAACGCCCACUUCCUGGCGACGGCCGCGAAGGGGAUGGUGGCCGACGUGAAGACGGAGCAGGAAUGCCACGACUUCAACUACCAACUCAUCCAAGAGGUCAAGAAACGCCCCUGCCUCUACGACAUGAACGACGACACCUAUAAUAACAACACGAUGCGCGCGGCAAUGUGGGCUGAAAUUGGGCAGCGCUUCAGCACAUCCCCCGACUUCGUGAAGACGCGCUGGAAGACGAUGCGUGACCGCUACAAGAAGGAGGAGAAGCGCUGGAAGGCGGGCAAGCUGACGGCGUGGACCUUUUUCCAGCACCUCCACUUCAUCUCGCCCUAUCUGCGUGCGCGAUACCCUCACGAUCCGGAGGAGCGAAGCGUUGAUUGUCAACAGUCGGACGAAGAGGGAUCACCGCAACCCACAUUAUUAGACAUCAUCGCCAGCACGACGGCGAUGGCCGAAGAGGCGACGGUGAAGGCGGACGGCCCGGCGCGGAAGCGCGUCAAGUACGAGGAGAAGGAGGAACGACCCGAUACCUCGGUCCCUUCCCCCCUAUCCAUCAACACCGCCUCAUCCCCAUCGGCAACCACCGCCGGCCAGUCCACCCCGGUGUCGAUGGGCUCUUCCGCCGGCACGAUGCAACCGUACGUCAAAACCGAGCACAACUCCUCCUGCUCAUCCUCCGCCCUGGCCCCGCCCACCUGGAAUCGACUGCAGGACGAGGGGGCUGAAAUGUUCGGGCACAUGGUGGCGAUGAAGCUGGCGACGAUGCCGCCAAAGUUGCGCGAGAAGACGAAGAUCCGCCUCCUCACCGUCAUGUUCGAGAUGGAAUUCGGGAGCGACGCCCCAUUUUUACAAGGCAUAGUUCUCAACUCGAAAUCAGGCCAACGAUCCCGGGGGGAAACAGACUUCUUGCAGACGUCCGCCCAGCUACAGAAGAUGCACUCCGUUCACGAGCCCCAUGUCCCGUUCACGCUUCCGAUGAACGAGCCCCCAAUCCCGGGCUCCGUCAUCGAGGUCCACGGCCACCACAAGCAUCACGAGGUGUUCGUCGUCGAGCUGCUCUCCGGGCCGCACGUCGUGCUCCACCUUUCCUUCCGCUUCCACCCCCACGAGCUGGUGCUCAACUCGUCGGCCCACGGCAACUGGGCCCAUGAGGAGAAGACGCACAACCCGGUGCCCAAGCACGACCAUCACUUCACCCUGAAGAUCAAGGUCCAGACCACGCACUAUGAUAUCGAGGUUGACGGCCACCACGUCGCCACCUUCAACCACCGCUACCCGUUCGCCACCGUCCAGGCGCUCGGCGUCCACGGUGACGUUCACAUCAAGGACGUCCACUUCCAAGGAUUCCACUUCCAGAACCAAUGGGGCAACCAGCACGAGUUUGGCCACGGCGGCUACCAAGCCUACGGCACCCCCAGCUACGUGCCCCCAGUUUUCCAGGACAACCACCCCCACAACACUCACUACGAUCCCUACCGC